CACAAAUAACGAGUGACGACGUUAAACACCGUAGUACCGUACAACUUCCUCCGACUGACUGCACGAUAUGCCCAGUAAUAUUAUCUGCCUCGUAGAACGAAACCUUGCUUACCUACUGUACAGUUUGUAGUACCGUACGUAACUUCCUUUACUAGAAGCAAUUUUUCUCGAGAAAGUCAUUGAUUUUUUAUGCAACCAAAGACACAACCAAGCAACCGAGAGGUCCACCUUGGUUGCAGUUCAAUGAUACCAGCACAGUCAUCAAGCAAAGACGACAAGUGACUACGCCGCAAAAUCUACAGGAAGCUAGAAGCAACGAACAACCGAACAGUGAUCGUCCGAAAGCACUCACAAAAAAAAUCAACCAGCUCUCCGAUCAACGCACAACAAUAUCAUAACAAAUACAAUGGAAGAGUCGCAAGAUGAAGGCAAGAGUGCUAACAUUGCGUUGCCGCCCAAUGCUGCGAACUCAAUUGGUGGCAGUGCUAGUACCGCUGCCAGUGUCAGCGAAGCCCUUCCCGCGCGCGUGAGAACUCGGCGUCGUCGUCCACUCCCCGAGUCCCAGGCCAAGCGAAGGAUGGAGGCCAUGGUUUCCGGAAUCGAUCACAAACUGGCAGCGGCUUUCAUCUUGAUCUUGGUGCUGUACGUUGGCAUUACCAUCGGAACGUUUUUGAGUAUCGACUCACAGGAUUUUCGGCACGAAGUCAUCGAGCAAGCGAGCCCUAAACGGAUGAAGAUGAUCAAAAACGUUUUCCGUAGUGCCGAAAACAAGCAGCAGGACAAUGCGAACAAAAAACAGAUUGACCCACCGCACCUGCGGGCGGAAGAUAUAUCCGAUAUAACAACCCUACAUAGCACCUUCCCGGUGCAUGCUUCGAAGGAUCUGGAAUGGAUCGACCAUCCUGGUAUCUUCCUUUCGGACCCUAAAAAGAUAAAAUCGAUCCUGGAACAAUUCAAGGACAAGCUACCUCAGAACGGAAAGAUGCAAGUUCCCAAAUUUUGGAGACCAAGCGCGUACGGGCCGGAAGGCGUACGACACUACCUGGGAAAUUACGGUGAAAAACUCAUAUCUCCGACGCAAGCUCUUCAAAUUGGUAGCCGUCUCCCCGGACGAGGACUCGAGACAGUUUAUAUUUCUGUGGCUUCCUAUCGUGAUCCCGAAUGCCAACCGACCGUCGAAGAUAUCUUUUUGAGAGCCGAGUACCCAGAGCGCCUACGAGUCGCUGUGGUUGAGCAACGUGUCGAAGGAGAGGACGAUGAACUAAUUCCACGGUGCGGGGAACCAUUGAGGCCUUGUUCAGAAGACCCCGAUCAGGUAAUGUGCAAGUAUGCUCAUCAGCUCGAUGUUUUUGUCGUACCAGCCAUUCUAUCCGUUGGACCCGUAUUCGCCCGGCACAUCGCCAACCGGAUGUACCGCGGUGAAUAUUUCGCUAUGCAAGUCGAUUCACACGUGCGAUUCAUUCACCACUGGGAUUCGGAUCUGAUAUCUCAAUGGAAAUCGGCGAAGAACGAAAUGGGCAUCAUCACUACAUACUUGAGUGACAUAACGAAUAGCAUCGAUCCCGUUACAUUUGAAAACCGUCAUCCCAACAGACCCAUCAUGUGCCAAACCGGUUACGAAGGAGCAGGAAAAUUAAGGCACCUGCGGCAUGGCCAGCAACCGGAAGGAUUGCCAGGCAUUCACGGUGAACCAACCCUUCACCCAUUCUGGGCAGCGGGAUUCUCCUUUGCACGAGGACAUUUUGUCGUCCAAGUACCGUAUGACCAGUACCAACCAAUGGUCUUCCAAGGGGAAGAAAUUAACAUGGGCUUGAGGGGAUGGACCUACGGGUAUGAUUAUUAUACUGCAGAGACGUCGGUCGCUUUUCACAUGUAUGCCAUCAAGGACAACAAAGCCAAACGAAAGAAGGUGAAACUAUUCUGGGAAAACAGCAACCUUUAUCCCGGUGCGGCAGUACAGGGCAUGAAACGACUGAACGGGAUUAUUGGAACCGGAGACCCAGGCGAUGUGUAUUACAAAGAGGAAGAAAAAGAGUAUGGGCUCGGAAGCGUUCGACCAAAGGAACAAUUUUACAGACUUUACGGAAUCCACACGGAGUCAAAGACUGUCGAAGAAAAUUUGUGUCGCUUUGUUGGGAAACCCAUGCAGAAAAAGUUCAAACCAUACCUGCGGGAGAAUCUCAUGGGCAUUGACUUCUCACACGUCGCUUUCGAAUUCAAAAAUCCCGACAAACUCGAGGAACGCAAGCACAAGCGCAAGGGUCAUAAGGGUUAGCAGGAGUCCCAAAUUGGAAUCGAGAGUCACGGGCAUCCAUAUUCGAAUCUCCCAGACUGGAAAUCAUAUUAGUCGAGUUUUCAGAAAUAUGGCACGAGCAUUGCUGUACUAAACGAAGUUGUCUGUC